CCACCUGGGAUUUGAGAAUCGCAAGAACAGUUUGCGGAGGAGACUCAUCCUCUUCUCCAUUCUCAGAGCUCUCCCACCACCCGAAACAGCCACUUGCACGUUCUUCAAAUCGAGGUUCAUAGAUGACCUGACCUAACGCCUCACCAGCUCCACCAUCUCUCUUUUCCUGAUUGUUUCUCGGCACUCUCUCUCUCUCUCUUAACCAUGUCUCAAAUCCUUCUGCUGCUGGCUCCGAUUCUGCUGUGCCUCGAAGCCUUGGCUGCUUCUUCUGGAUCGCGCCCAAUCCUUCGAGCUAUCGGCAACGACAAGGCCGAUCUUCCUGACGUAGCCGUUGAGUUGAACGUGAGUAAUUUUGAUGCAGUUCUCAGAGAUUCACUUGCUUCGCACGCCGUAGUUGAGUUCUUCGCCCAUUGGUGCCCUGCUUGCAGAAAUUAUAAGCCUCAUUAUGAAAAGGUUGCAAGGCUUUUCAAUGGACCUGAUGCAGUGCAUCCUGGGAUCAUACUAAUGACAAGGGUAGAUUGUGCAUUGAAGAUAAAUACUGAACUUUGCGAUAAGUUUUCUGUGGGUCAUUAUCCUAUGCUUCUUUGGGGCCCUCCUGUUAAUUUUGCUUCUGGAAGUUGGUAACCUAAUCAAGACAAGAACAAAAUACGUAUGAUUGAUGAUGGACGGACAGCUGAUCGCUUGCUUAAUUGGAUCAAUAAGCAAUUGGGCAGGUAUUAAAUAUUGCCGUUUGGUUUACAACAUUUUUUUUUUUGGUUUUAAAUUUUAAGCAUGCAUACUUGUUUUUCAAUUUUCAAUGUUAUAAAUCCUUCCUACAAUUGUGAGGGAUUUAAUUGUCAUCAGGAAUUGGCUAGUACUUUGUCUUUAAGGCAUUGAACAACUAGUUCCUGUGCGGCAGCAAUCACAAUGUAGCAGUCAUUAAAAUCAAUUUAGGCACAUAAUAAAGUAAAACAGAAUUAUACUAAAUGUCAAACAGUAAUGUAUAGCAUGUAUGUUUACCUUAUCUGAAUUGAACUUGCUCUCCAACAGCUUU